AUGAAUCCAAGAAGUAUUAGAUCUGAGAAAGUUGUUCUCAUUGGAUCACAAGGCUGCGGCAAAACAAGCAUAGUUCUUAGAUACUGCAAGAAUGUAUUCAGUGGCACUGUCGGCAGCACAGUUGGCGCUGCUUUUAACAGCAAAGUUGUAAAUUACGCUGGCCAUCAAAUACAGUUAGAUAUUUGGGAUACAGCUGGCUCAGAAAAGUAUCGUUCUCUCGCUCCUAUGUAUUACAGAGAUGCUCGCGUCGCAAUUAUUGUUGUUGAUAUCACUAAUAAAGACUCUCUUUCAGAAGCUGAUGAUUGGGUCAAGGCAGUUCGUGAAGGUGGACGUUCUGACUGCGCCUUUGUCCUUGCUGCUAACAAAUGCGACUUAGAAGAUAAGCGUCAGAUUAAAAAUGAAGAAAUCAACGAGUUUGCAUUCUCUCACCAAAUCCCAUACUAUAGAAAUACCUCAUCUCUUACAGGAGAAGGCAUUACUGAGCUAUUUGAAGCCAUUUCAGAUACUCUUUCCAAGAUGACUCCAUUGCAGUCAGCAAACAGCGAAAUAGAUAACUUAUUAGUUGGUACAAACUCAAAUCCACCUCCAUCAUCAGGUUGCAAUUGCUAA